UAUAAACAGCCCCCUCCCGUUCCAGCCGCACCACUUCACUCUUCUCCCCCUAAACACCUCUCCUUCUUGUAGACGGCAGAUCUCCGGGGGGUCGCCGUCUCCGGCCACGGCGGCCGGCACUCGGAGUAGCGGUGGAACUAGGGGCGGAGGUCGGCGGCCAUGUACAAGAACCAGCUGCAGGAGCUGGCGCAGCGGAGCUGCUUCAACCUGCCGGCUUACACGUGCCUGCGGGAGGGGCCCGACCAUGCGCCGCGGUUCAAGGCGGCGGUGAACUUCAACGGGGAGCAGUUCGAGAGUCCCGGGUUCUUCACCACGCUCCGCCAGGCAGAGCACGCCGCCGCGGAGGUUGCCCUCGCCGCGCUCGCGCGACGCGGCCCGUCCUACUCGCUCGCCGCCCGCAUCCUGGACGAAACAGGGGUUUAUAAAAACCUUCUGCAGGAAGUAGCUCAAAGAGUUGGGGCGCCAUUACCAUUGUAUACAACAGAGCGAUCUGGCCUUGGCCACCUACCGGUUUUCACAUGCACAGUAGAGCUAGCUGGUAUUACAUUUACAGGUGAUCCUGCUAAGAAUAAGAAACAGGCUGAAAAAAAUGCUGCUUCAGCUGCAUGGUCAGCACUGAAACAAUUGGUACGCGAGGAAGUGAAUUCAUCCAAUGAGCCAGAAAACAAUGAUGAGCAGGAGCAGAUCAGGAUUGCCCGAGCCCUCCUCAAUUAUCGCUUGAAGGAGAAGAUGGCGAUGGCCAAUUAUCCUCAUGUUUCACCAUUCCCUAAGAAAUUUCCCAUGCAGCCAGAGAGGAAGCCUUCUUUUGGUCAAUCUUCUCAGUCCAGCUACUCGAAGAUUCUCCCUCUAUUCCGCCCUAAAUCUAAUUCAAGAUCCAGACCAGAGUCCCCAGCAUCUACUGAUGGUGUAUCACAAAUUCCUAGUCGGGCCAUGGAUAGCCUCACUCCAAGUCCAAGGUCAAGAUUUCCAGCUGCAGAGGCAGCCCCCUAUGUGCCAGUUGGGCACUACCGUAUGCCUUGCCACAGCAUGGCUCCUUCAGUCACAAUUAGGACUGCAGUUCCUGUGUUCUCUGCUCCACCUCUCCCAUCUCCGUCUGCACGCCCGCAGCAGCUUCCUCCACUCAUGAGCCACCCACCACCGAUUCGGAUGGCAUCCCCAGUUCGCAUGAGGCCAUCCUCUCCAAUGUUUGCCUCCUCGGCUGCUGUUCAAGGGCCGAAACCUGUGAUGCCUAUUCAGUUAAAGAAUGUGCAAGAUCAAUCAAGGAAGGAAACAGCUCCAUCUGCGAUCCCUGUUCAGGUAAAAGAUGUGCAAUACCAACCAAGGAAGAGCUCAAUGUCUCCUGUGAUUCCUGUCUCGGUAAAGGAUGCACAACGCCAGCCUCUUGUGGGAUCACUAUCAACUGCAAUCCCAGUUCAGAUGAAGGAUAUGCAAACCCAAACCCCAAAGGAAUCACUAUCAACUGCAAUCCCAGUUCAGAUGAAGGACGUGCAAACCCAAGCCCCAAAGGAAUCACUGUCAGCUCCAAUUCCAGCAAUCAGGCCUUCUUUAGUUAAGAUUGAUUUGCCUGCUCAAGGCAAGGAAGCUUCAGCUAGUGCUACCAGCGAAGUGCCAUCUUCUGCUACUGGCAAUAAUGCUGCUGUGGAAUGCACUGCAUCAUCAGAUGCUCUCUUGGCAAGACAAUCAAGGGCUGCGGAUGGGGACAAGGAUAAGGCGGAAGCUAAGCACGAGGCCGAGGCUCAAGCAGUUGCAGAGGCAGCCAUCAGGCAGCUGGAGAUCAAUUGACUUAAGAAAAUGUGCGCCGCCAUCUUCUCCAAGAUUUUGUAAUUAGCUGCCUCCCGUGCACAUUCCAUUCUGUUUAGUUCUUGUAUGUCUUGGGGUUCGGAUUAGGGCUGUCUGGGCAGGCUGCGUUGUGGUAGGAACACCUAGUUUUUCUGUUGAGAAAAAAACAAAAAAAAAACAUGAAGUGGUGGUAGGUGGUUUGCCCAGUGUUUAGUUGGAGACGAUUAUACUUCUUCCCUGGAUAUGCAGUUGGUCUGCUUUUACCCCAAUGAUGAGGUGGUGCCUCUAGGGAAGGAUUCUGAGGCGGCUGUUAUUACAUCAAAAUUCCUUGUUAUUGUCGAUCCGUUAUUCA